CCCCUUGCCCGCGGCGCGCUGUGGACUGUCGUGCGGCCCCACCCCCCGCGGUCCUCCGUGCCGCCUCGCCGGGCCGGCUUUCUUCCCCUCCCGGAACCGCGCGUGAGGACGGCUGAGGCCGCAGGAGUGGUUUGGAAGAACAAUGAAUGUAAGUCUUUGACAUCAUGAUGUCCAUCCGGCAAAGAAAAGAAAUAAAAACCACAGAAGUUUCUGAGGAUUUUCCAGCACAAGGAGAAAAUGUGAAGUUGGGAGAUAAAUUGCCAUCUGGUUAUACCAGUAGAAGAUUAUGGAAGAUUCUGUCUUUCACUAUUGGUGGAGCUAUUGCCCUUUGCAUUGGACUUCUUACAUCUGUCUACUUCGCCACUUUACAUGAAAAUGAUUUAUGGUUUUCUAAUAUUAAGGAAGUGGAGCGAGAAAUCUCAUUUAGAACAGAAUGUGGACUGUAUUACUCCUACUACAAGCAAAUGCUGCAGGCUCCAACCCUCAUGCAAGGUUUUCAUGGCUUAAUAUAUGAUAAUAAAACUGAGUCUAUGCGGACAAUUAACCUCCUUCAACGAAUGAAUAUUUACCAAGAGGUCUUUCUCAGUAUUUUAUAUAGAGUUCUACCUAUACAGAAAUAUUUAGAGCCAGUUUAUUUUUAUAUUUACACCUUAUUUGGGCUUCAAGCAGUCUAUGUCACAGCUCUUUAUAUAACCAGCUGGCUCCUUAGUGGUACAUGGCUAUCAGGACUAUUAGCAGCUUUCUGGUAUGUCACAAAUAGAAUAGAUACCACAAGAGUUGAGUUUACCAUCCCACUGAGGGAGAACUGGGCGCUGCCAUUCUUUGCAAUUCAGAUAGCAGCAAUUACAUAUUUUCUGAGACCAAACUUACAGCCUCUUUGUGAAAGGCUGACACUUCUUGCCAUUUUCAUAUCAACUUUUCUCUUUAGUCUGACAUGGCAAUUUAAUCAAUUUAUGAUGCUGAUGCAAGCAUUAGUGCUGUUCAUACUGGACUCCUUGGACAUGCUGCCGGCAGUGAAGGUGACAUGGCUAUAUGGUAUACAGAUAACAGGUUUACUCCUGGUCUGUAUUCUUCAGUUUUUUAAUUCCAUGAUUCUUGGAUCAUUGCUUAUCAGUUUUAACCUUUCAGUGUUAAUUGCAAGAAAACUUCAGAAAAAUCUGAAAACUGGAAGCUUCCUUAAUAGACUUGGGAAACUUUUGUUACAUUUAUUUAUGGUUUUAUGUUUGACACUUUUUUUCAACAACAUUAUUAAGAAAAUUCUUAACCUGAAGUCAGAUGAACACAUAUUUAAAUUUCUGAAGGCAAAGUUUGGGUUUGGAGCAACAAGGGAUUUUGAUGCAAAUCUGUAUCUGUGUGAAGAAGCUUUUGGCCUCCUGCCUUUUAAUACAUUUGAAAGGCUUUCAGAUACUCUGCUUUUUUAUGCUUACAUAUUUGUUCUGUCCAUCACAGUGAUUGCGGCAUUAGUUGUUGCCUUUCAUAAUCUCAGUGAUUCUACAAAUCCCAGGAGUAAAAUGGGAAAGUGCACAGUUGACCUGAAACCAGAAACUGCCUACAACUUAAUACAUACCAUUCUGUUUGGAUUCUUGGCAUUGAGUACAAUGAGAAUGAAAUACCUCUGGACAUCACACAUGUGUGUGUUUGCAUCAUUUGGCUUAUGUAGCCCAGAAAUAUGGGAGUUACUUCUGAAGUUGGUCCAUCUUUAUAACCCAAAGAGGAUAUGUAUAAUGCGAUAUUCAGUACCGAUAUUAAUACUGCUGUAUCUAUGCUAUAAGUUCUGGCCAGGAAUGAUGGAUGAACUCUCCGAGUUGAGAGAAUUCUAUGAUCCAGAUACAGUGGAGCUGAUGAACUGGAUUAACUCUAACACUCCGAUAAAGGCUGUGUUUGCUGGAAGCAUGCAAUUGCUGGCCGGAGUCAAGCUAUGCACAGGAAGGACCUUAACCAACCACCCGCACUAUGAAGACAGCAGCCUAAGAGAGCGAACCAAAGCGGUUUAUCAGAUAUAUGCAAAGAGGUCUCCAGAGGAAGUGCAUGCCCUCCUAAGGUCCUUUGGCACCGACUAUGUAAUCGUGGAAGACAGCAUCUGCUAUGAGCGAAGGCACCACCGGGGCUGCCGGCUUCGGGACCUGCUGGACAUCGCCAAUGGACACAUGAUGGAUGGCCCAGGAGAGAAUGAUCCUGAUUUGAAACCUGCCAACCACCCUCGCUUCUGUGAAGAGAUAAAAAGAAACCUGCCUGGCUUUAUGGCACACUUCACUAGAGUAUUUCAGAACAAAACAUUCCAUGUUUACAAGCUAACCAGAAACAAGUAACAAAAUUUCCGUCCAAUCUCUAUUUUUGAUACAGUGAAAGUGUUUCCUAACAAAACGAUAGAUCACAUUUCUUAUGUAAGUAGGUAGCCGGUACCUUAAAGCUGUGAUAAGAGUAAGCUCUACAGAUGUUUACACAAGUGUUACCAUCUUUGAAAGUAUCUUCUACAAGUUUGUCUUUUUGUCUUGUCUCUAUCUUCUCCACUAAUGUUCUUUAGCCUAAACGUUCAUAGCUUCCUAAGAGUGACCUAGUUUUGUUAUUGGAAAGAACAAUGUGUGUUCUAUUGAUAGCUUGGACAGCACAUAUCAUGUCAGAAAAUAAGAACCUGUUAAUUUUCAGGCUUAAGACAGCUAUGGUUGAAUCGAAUU